AUGUCGUUGCGCUGUCCAAUCCCAGUCACUGUCCUUGGCCUGACCAGCAACCCGGUGAUUGCCGUGCUUACUCCGGUGACCAUCGGCAGUCUGAUCGGACUGGUCACCAAGAGCUCGAUCAAGACUUGGUAUCCAACCUUGAAGAAGCCCAAGGGACAACCACCACGAUGGGCUUUUCCGGUGGCAUGGACCUAUCUUUACGGCACGAUGGGAUAUGCGUCUCAUCUGAUUGCCGAGUCGUUGAGGACUACCCGGUUCAUCGAGACGGCAGAUCUAGCCAACUCCGCCUUGACUCUCUACUUCGGCCAACUUGCGCUCAACUUCAUCUGGACCCCAAUCUUCUUCGGCUUGAAAAAACCUGCGCCAGCUCUGGUCGAUAUCCUCACUCUCACUGGGACCGUGUUUUAUAUGACGAACCUCACCAGUAAAUUCAACUCCAAAGCUGCUUACCUCUUCUUACCCUACUGCGCAUGGCUCUCAUUUGCCACUUACCUUAACGGUACGAUAUGGUAUCUGAACCCCGGCGACGGUCCUCCGUCCACAAUCCGCUCCGCAAUCGACUAUCUUGUGUCGAAAUUCAACCGCUCAUCCUUACCCACACAAAAAGAUGAGUAGAAACUCAUAACCAACAAACCUGUGCUGACU